AUGGGGAUGGCGCUGGAGCAGCUCAUCGUGCGCGUUUCGGACUCGCCGGAGGUCUCUCCCAACAGCAAGUCGUGCGUACAGGAGGUGGCGCGUGUCUGUGGGCUCUCGGCAGCCUCACGCGACGACGACGCCAAGCUCUGCACGCUCUCAGGCUUCGAGGACACCAAACACCAGCUAGCGGUGGCCUGUAUGCUGCACUGGCAGCUGCAGCAGUCAAAAGAGAGCGGUGCCACGGUCUCCGUUAGCGACUCGGCCAUGGGCACGUGCUUCUCGCUAGCGGAGCUGCUCAACUGCGACAAGGCAGCACUGGAAGCACCCGAUACUGGUGCCGUGAAAGUUCUGGACGCAGCGGCAUUUGUCCAGCAGGUGCUACAGCAACAAGAGGAGGAGGACAGGGUACAGAUCUUGGACUGCAGAGAGCAGAAAGAGUUUUUGGGCCUUGUUAGUGGCAAGGAGGUGUCGGGCCACCUUGACGGUGCAAUCAACGUUCCAUUUACGUCCAUUUUUACUGAUGCAGGGUCCGAAGAGAAGAGUAAUGAGGAGCCUAGUGCCGACAAAAGCGGCGAAGGAGCGUUCCUUCUGCCUGUGGAGGAGCUGAAAGAGGUAUUGGAAGUGAACGGCAUUGAUCUGGAUAAACCUGUUGCAGUUGUAGCUAGUGUACCAGCAGAAGCUGCCGCGGUCGCCACUGCGUUGCUACUGGCUGGUCAACGCGGUUGGAUUGCAUUUUGCUCAGAAGCACUUACGGACACAUUGAUCACGUCGUUCCCGUCUUCAUGUACGGCCGACAUUUUCCUCGAAGGUCGGUUAUUGUACAAAACUGAUAAAGGAGAGUUCGAUCUCUCACCACAGUCGAGUGAAGUCAACUUAACUGAAGAGGGUAAGAAGGAAGUAGAGGAAUUGGAAAAAGCCUACAAAGACGAGCUCAGCGGGAAGGCAAGCCUGGAGCGAGGAGAUACUGGCAAGGAACACGAGGAAGAAAAAGCUGAGGAGAUUGUGUGGAUUAAGGAUGGCCACCGGUUCUUUGAUAUGCCAUCGCCAGUCAGCAAAGACGAGUUCUUGGAUGCAUCACGAACAAUCUUCCGCGUGGUAUCUUUCGUGCUGGCCCCUUUCGGAUUCCCUGCUUCGUUGCGCAAGAAGCGUUCGCUGCAGGAGGUUAAAACACAGUGUGGGUCGCUCUUCCAGGACGUGAUCGAGGUAUGCUCAGACCUAAUCUACCAGGAGAAGGGGCUCAAUGAAGGCGCGAUGGCUAUGAGUGUGCACAAAUGGGUGGAGGAAAAGCACGACCACGAAUGCACAGCGCAGGUAAAGGCAAUUAACGAACUCUGGGAAGUUCUGUACACACCGCCCGCAGUAGUGGAAGUGCCAGACCUCAGCGAGGACCAUGUAUUUGAGCUCGCAACGAAACUGGAGCAGAAAAUGCGCGAGCUAGUGGGCCAACGUACUCCGUGGGCGUUUGAUAGUGUAAAUGAAGAAGACGAGGAGUCUAGCGAUGAAGAAAGCGAGUUCGACCCUCAAGAAACUGUGAUCGAUCUGGAGGAGGAAGAGUUUAGCGAGGAAGAGCUAGAUGAGAUGGACAAGGAAGAUGAAGAUAAAGAUGCCGGUGCUACUGAGGAAGGUGCUGCCUUCAAAGAUAGCUCAACUGAGGCUGAAACAACCUUCAAGAAAAACCCGGUGACUGAAGAGCAAACCGUCGAGAAUGAAUCCACCGUCAAGGAUACGGAAGUCAGCGUUGAGGAUGCUAAUAGCGAGGAGAACCCUCCUAAGGAGAAGAAUACCAAGGAGGAGGAAUGCAACAGCAAGACGGAUACUGUCGGUGAUGAAAAGGUUGAUGUCGAGAGAACUACACAAACCGCGACGGUGGAAGAGAACAGUAACGAUGCAGAGCCUGUAGACAAGUUUACAGAGAGCUGGAAGCACAUGUAUCCGAGCGCUGUUUACGCGCUGGGUUUCAUCCCACAGGACGUGGGUACUGACCACAAGAAGCUGAGUACGUUGCAAAUCAAGUCAUUCACCCAGGCGUUAGCGGAGGCUUCAUGGGACGUCAUCAAGGACGAAACCAAGGAGCUCAGUCAGAUUGAAUUCCAGGCGCUAUGUGAUACUCUUCACGACGAAAAGCGGGAGCAGCUUGCAGACCGAGUGGCUGAGGCGGAGAAGUCACUCUACGUUCUUAAGCACUUCCUCACUCGCUCGUUGAAAACUGACGACUCGCUUGCUGACAAGCUAGCAAGUGUUCGUGAGGCUGUACUGGAUGGUGACAUUCGCCGGCGAUCAGGGCGUUACCAAGUCGCACUGGCAGCGUACUCCAAGGCUUUCGAGUACCUGCCGCUCUACCACAAGGACCUGGAAAACGCGAUAGUUGGCCGGGCCAGGAGCUUCCUCGACUUGAACGAGUUGAGCCGCGCGAAGACUGAAGCUCUGAUUGCACUGAAGCUCAACCCGUACUGUGUCGGUGCAUACGAGUGCUUGGGGAUCGUUGAGGAGAAGGCAAAGCACCCUGAAACGGCCAUGCAGCACUACGUGACGUCCUUCAUUCUUGAUGGCUCGCGCUCGGCGGAGCACGCUGAGUCCAUUGACCGUGUGUCGCGCCUGGUGGGUCGUCGUGUGGCGAAGAAUCUAUUCGCGAAGAUGGAGAAGAAGCACGAACUUCCGUCUUCGUGGCUGGUUGACAGCUACUUUGACGCAUUCGAGCACGACGCGGAUUACACUGCGCGUGUGCCGUUCGAUAUCGCGAAGAAGGAGAAUGUGAAACAAUCUGACCUGGACGCGCUCACGCUACUUCAUCGUGCGAUUCACUACAAGCGUAUCAAGAGCUACGGCGAAGCCCAACAUGACAUAUCCACGCUUGUGGCCAAGGACAUGGAAGCCGAAGGUCUCACCGUAGAGGACCGCGCUUUGGCACUCAACCUGCAUGCGUCGCUGCUCUAUGUCGUGGGUGACGUGCACACGGCUAUCGAAGUCAUCAACAAGAGCUUGGAGCUGCAGCCAACGCUGGUGAAUUCGUUGGUGAAGAAGGGCGGCUUCUUGGCAGAAAUCGGCGAGACGGACGAGGCCACGUCGUGCUUCUCCGAGGCCAUGGAGCUGGACUCGAACGAGGCAGACGUGCAUCUUCACUUAGGACAGAUGGAGCUCCUAGAUGGCAACUACUACAAGGCCGCUCAAUGUCUGCGUCGCUGCAUUUCGCGGUCUGAUGCCCUGCCGGUUACCCAUGUAACAUACGGCAUGGCGCUCUACAAGAGCGGCUCAACAUACCAGGCCAAGGACGUAUUCGAGGAGGCCUCGAAGAAUUUCCCGGGGUCGGCGGAAGUGCAUCUGUUCUACGGCGAAGUGCUGGCCGAUCAGGGUAACUAUGCCGACGCCAUGCGCCACUUUUUGACCGCGUGGGAGCUGUCGCCGCUGUGUCCGCUGCCGUUCUUGAACGCUGGUCGUGUGUAUGUGGGCACGAACGAUCCUAUGCGUGCCAUCGCACACUUCAAGCAGGCUCUUGAAGUGGACCCUCGUUGCAGUUCGGCACACCUGGACAUUGCCCAGGUGCUCUUUGCGCAGGGUCGUACAAGCGAGGCAUUCGAACACUUUGAAGUGGCUGCGUCCUGCUGCCGCUUCCUGCCCGAGGUGGAGGAAGUCUGCGCCUGCCAGGAAAUGGCUAAGAUGCAGCUCAAGGUCACGGAGAUCCUAGGCGUUGAGUUGCGUCACAUCAUGCGCAGCAAGUAG